AUGACGGAGUUUGUUAGUGUGGAGGACUUCAUCAAUGAUACAAUUAAAGAUAUUCAGCUUCCAUCACAGUCUGAAUUCAGCUCCAAGAUCUCGUUGAUUCGGCAGACUGUGUAUUCUCUGGAUGAGGGGCUAGAUGCCGAUCGAACACUUAUUGCGAAGUCGCGUAAGUAUGUCAAGGGUGUUGUUGGAGCAGGGAUCGCCUACGUAGAUUCACUUCUAGCACUUUGUGACCAUCUCGAGAAUCUUGGUCAAUUUGCUCAAUCGGACAAUAGUAAUGGGAGUGAUUUGACACCUGGAUUUUGGAAAUUUUCAGUUAUUCACCGCGACUUGGGAAACAUGUUUAGGCAUUUGAUGCAAAAUUUAAAUAGUAUUUUGGUCUUUCCAAUGGAGACGUUUCUUCAGGGGGAUUUAAAAAGUGAUCUCAGGAAGCCAUUCGACAAGGCUCUGAAGGAGUAUGAGUACAAAUAUGACAAGCUGAAGAAGGAAAAACUCCAAGUGAUGAAAGAGACCGGUUUAUAUACACCGGAGUCUUUCACGGUAGAAAUGGCAGAAAAUCUGGAGAAGGAGCGUCGACGUCUUCAGCUGGAGGUUUGUGAGUACUUCAUCAAGGUGAACGAAGUGAAGUCAAAAAAGGGCUCGGAUUUUCUUCAACAUUUAAUUGACUUUUACCAUGCGCAUUUACACUACCUAAGAGAGAGUUUGGGAGUGAUGGAACACUUCGGCAAGACCCUACCGGAUUUGGCCGGCAGUAUCAGCGGCUUGCAGAAGCAGCACGAUACACAGAAACGUCAACUUGUGGACACGCGAGAGGCUGUGAGAAAACUUCUCGAGAAGGAGUUAGUUCAACCGGUGAAUAGUGGUUAUCUGGGAACACAAGCACUGCCACUGAACCUUGCCUACGGGAAGCAGAAGAGCGGUUUUUUGUUGAAGAAGUCGGACAGCAAGGUGAUAAAGCGGUUGUGGCAGCGGCGUCGCGUAUGCGUUGGUGAGAAUGGUGAGUUCUGCCUUUACCACGCGGACGAAACUAAGCCCCCGGUGCGGUUGUCUUUGUUGACUUGCCAACUGAAACUGCCUACUACUCCAAACGUUGAUCAGUCCUCUGCCGUAACGCUUGCAACUGCGGCCUCUACGGAGGUGACAACGGCAAUUAUGGAGGCGUCAGAUUCUGCUGUUUUAUCCACUAAGGACAUUGCGGCUCCUAACAGUAACAAACGCUCCUUCUUCCUUGUCUCCAACAACCGAACCUACCAAUUUCAGGCUGAAGAUGACAAAGACUUUGAGGAGUGGACAAAUGUACUGGCCAAUGCCAUGCAAGCGGCAUUCAACGAGGCCAUGCACUAUCCUGAUUGGAAAUCAAGGAGGGAGAUGCCCCACUCCACCCUCUGUGAUACUGACAUGUCGAAUUCCAUUCACCACCAUCACAGCCAUGAGAGCAGCCUUAACGGGAGUGAUACCGAUCUACUCGAAUCGCGCUUCAAUCGCGGGGUGGGUUCAAGAUCCUCGCACUCAUCCACUGUUGGCUCGGACGAGGCGACAACAGCCUUUUUUAAUGGUCUAUCCGGCGCUCAAUUACACCAAAGCAUUCAGCACGUCAUGCGGACCAAAGUUCCUGGCAAUCGUGUUUGUGCCGACUGCAAUCGACCCGCUUUUCUGGCAGAUCCAGAGUGGGUGAGUGUGAACCUGGGCGUGUUAAUUUGCCUUGAGUGCUGUGGCACCCACCGAGAGUUAGGUGUGCAGUGCUCCCGUACACAAUCGCUUCUCAUGGAUGAUCUUUGCGCUGCUCAGCUGCUGCUGCCUCGUUUCAUUGGCAAUCGACUUUUCAAUGAAGUCUACGAAUCUGCUCUGGUUGACGGCAUCAAGCCCACUCCCGAUGCAGACAGUGUCAGCCGACGUGCCUACAUCCGUUCAAAGUAUCUUGAGCACAAAUUCAUUUCGGACAGAGGCGUGUUUAGCCGACGUCAUGCGCGGGAAAAAGGCCACGAAGACAGUAAUGUGAAUCUCCAAGAUGACCAGUUUUUGCGUCAUCAAUUGCUUCGCGCAAUUCGCAAUGCUGAUUUCCACGCUUUGCUCCAGGUCCACGCAGAGGGUAUUGAUUUGACGGCUCCUCUCUAUGUCGAUCGUGAAGUCGACAUUGAAGGAGACGUGGGGAAGGAGUUGGUAGAGGGCGACACACCGCUUCAUGUGGCAAUCGCGUCAGCGGCAGCGACGAUUAGAGAAACCUGCGACGCCUCUUCUUCCAACAUCUCUCUUGCUUUUGUGCAGUUCAUCCUGCAGAAUGCGCUAUCAUCUGCAGUCAUCCUUCAACGUGCUAACUCAGCAGGUGAGACAGCUCUUCACUAUGCUGCAAAGUUUGCGCUCCCUGACGUCCUCCGGGUGCUCCUCGGUGUGGCUGUUAGUGGCAGUGGUGGCGUCGGCCAAGGUGCUCUUCCGAUCACGAUGCUCACUGCAGUCAACGAGUUAAAGCAAACUCCGUUGGACGUUAUUGAGGCGCGUCUGCUAGAAAGUCCACCUUCCUUCGACACUGACGCCGAAGUAGAGGCAUUGCGUCGGUGUGAGUAUCUCCUCCAGCUGGCAGUGGACGUCUCGGCUGCUGCCACUGUUGCCACGUCGUCUGGCGUUGAUGGUGCACCUCCUGCCUUUCUGACAUCCACUUCUGUGGUGGGAGGGAUGACGACGAAGGAAGUGGCAGCGCGGAGGCGGCUUUUAGAGGCACUAGAUGAUCUUGAAAGCGUUAGGUGGGGCGCUUUUGUGUCUCGUCCUCUCUCUUUUAACUCCACGGCCGUCAAUAAUUCCUUGCAAAAAGGUGAUUCUUUUCGAGGAGAUGGAGAGGAAACAGAUGACGCAGAGGAGGAUGGUCUAAGUAGAGUGUUUCGUGAAACUCUAGCCGGAGCUCUCAAAUUCUCUGAUUCAUCUUUCUCGCGAUCAUCACCACUUGCAUUUGCACCAAGAGGUGAGGAAACGCGCUACCUACAUGCUGCGUGGGUCUGUUUCACCCAUUCCCUUCUUCCUCAUCUUCUAUCCCUUUGCGUUUCAUACUUCUUCUUCACAGACCAGUGGCGCGUGGAUAAUAUUAAUAGCAGCUGCCGUCGUUCACAUCACUGUUCAUCCAAAUGCGAGGCGAACACUUCUGCCGCUGCUCUGGCUACUCUACCACGUAAGAAGGGACCCGCGCCUCAGCCUCCUCUUACCGAGCGGAAUGCCUGGUUUUCCUCCUCCGGCACGCGGUCCUCACGAACCCUUGCGCUGCAUGCGCCCUCGUCCCCUCCUGCCUCGGAUCACAUUGAGGUGUUGCUGGACGUGUUGGAGGAGCAUCCUGAUACCAAUGUUGAGGCACGUCCUCUUCUCCCAUCUUCACCUCCUCAAAAAAUUGCAACCUCUCUCAGUACGCUUACCAGUGCUGCUGUUGACAAUACUGUCGGAGGAAAGAACAUCAUUAACGGGACUCCCUCAGCUACGUUGCAGCAUCAACGUGCUGUUGCACUUUAUGACUGUGACGCUGAGAACCCUGACGAAUUAACUUUCAAACGGUCUGAGGUCAUCGUGGUGGUAAAAGACGUGGAGGUUAACUGGUGGUUGGGCUACAUUGAAGGUGAGCCUAGUCGAAGUGGCCUCUUUCCGUUGACUCAUGUCAAGCUUUUGCCAUCGUGA